CCACAAACAAGAACGGUUCCUACCAGUCAGAGCUGGGCAGGUAGGAGCCGAGAGAGUGGCUACAAUGACUUCAGCUGUUCUGGUGGACAUCCGGGAUGAGGUCACUUGCCCUAUCUGCUUGGAGCUCCUGACAGAACCCCUGAGCAUAGAUUGCUGCGGUCACAGCUUCUGCCAGGCCUGCAUCACAGCAAACAGUGACAAGUUAGUGUUCAACCCAGAAGGGAAGAGCAGCUGUCCUGUGUGCCGGACCGCCUACCAGCCUGGGAACCUCCGGCCUAAUCGACACCUGGCCAUCAUAGUGAAGAGGCUCAGAGAGGUCGUUUUGGCCCCGGGGAGAAUGCAGCUGGAGGUCAUUCUUUGUGCGGUUCAUGGAGAGAAACUCCAGCUUUUCUGCAAGGAGGAUGGGAAGUUAAUUUGCUGGCUUUGUGAGCGAUCUCAGGAGCACCAUGGUCAUCACACGUUCCUCAUGGAGGAGGUGGCCCAGGAGUACCAGGAGAUGUUCCAGGAGUCUCUGAAGAAGCUGAGGAAGGAGCAGCAUGAAGCUGAGAGGCUAAAAGCUCUUAUCCCCAAGAGAAGAGGGAAUCCCUGGAAGAAUCAGGUGGAGCCUGAGAGACACCGGAUCCAGACUGAAUUUAAGCAGCUGCGGAGCAUCCUGGACAGGGAGGAGCAGAGGGAACUGAAGAAACUGGAAUUGGAAGAGAGGAAGGGGCUGAGCAUCAUCGAGAAGGCUGAGGGGGACCUGAUCCACCAGAGCCAGUCACUGAAAGAUCUCAUCUCAGACCUGGAGCACCGGUGCCAGGGGUCUGCAGUGGAGCUGCUGCAGGAUGUGAGUGAUGUCACAAAAAGGAGUGAGUUCUGGACCCUGAGGAAGCCCCAAGCUCUUCCCACCAAGCUGAAAAGUUUGUUUCGAGCCCCAGAUCUGAAAAGGAUGCUGCGAGUCUUUAGAGAGUUGACAGAUGUCCAAAGCUACUGGGUGGACGUGACCCUGAAUCCACAGACGGCUAAUUUAAAUCUUGUCCUGUCUAAAAACCGGAGGCAGGUGAGGUUUGUAGGUGCCAAGCUGUCCGAGUCUUCCUGUCUGGAAGAACAUUUUGAUUGUAGUGUCCUGGGUUCUCAGCACUUCUCCUCAGGAAAAUACUACUGGGAGGUGGACGUGACCAAGAAGACGGCUUGGAUCCUGGGUGUAUGCACUAACCCGGUGGAAUCCAUGUUCUCUUUCAGCCAGUAUCCCAGCAAGCAGAGUGCCCACUCCAGGUAUCAGCCCCAGAGCGGAUACUGGGUGAUUGGGUUGCAACAUAAGCAUGAGUACAGAGCCUAUGAGGACUCCUCCACCUCCCUGCUCCUCUCCAUGACAGUGCCACCUCGCCGCGUAGGGGUUUUCUUAGACUAUGAGGCUGGCACUGUCUCUUUUUAUAAUGUCACAAACCAUGGCUUGCCCAUCUACACCUUCUCUAAGUAUUACUUUCCUACUGCCCUUUGUCCAUAUUUCAAUCCCUGCAGCUGUGUAGUCCCAAUGACUCUGCGUCGCCCAAGCUCUUGAGGUCUAACACCCCUGCCUACAGCUGAGCAGGUUCCUGGAAACACAUGCGAUUCCUCUGGGAGCCUCCGUUCACUGUGUUCAUGUAGGAUAACCUCCCACUGCUUAUAGUGAAUUCUCUUGACAGAUCUUAUGGGAAACUUUUUAACAUUUCUCUGUUAAUCAUUUAAUCGUUACCUUUUUGUUGUUGUUUGUUUUUCAGACAGGGUUUCUCUGUAUAGCCCUGGCUGUCCUGCACCUCGCUCUGUAUUCCAGGCUAGCCUCCAUCUUAGGGAGAUCUGCCUAUCUCUGCCUCCCUAGUGCUGGAAUUACCACCAAGGGUUUUGUUUUGAAAUGGGCUAUAGCCCCGCCUAGUCUUGAACUCUGUGAUUAAGAAUGACCCUGAACUGAUCUUCCUGCUUCCUCCCAAGUCCUGAUUACAAGCACACACCAUACCUGGCUGUGGUUUUGUUUUAGUGUUGAGAUAUGGUCUCCAUAAAUAGCCUAGGCUGGCCACAGGCUCUUAAUUCUUCUACCUCAGCUCCCAAACACUGAUUAUAGGUCUAUCUCACAACACCUGGCUAAGAAUAGUAUUUCGUGACAUUUUUAAUUGAUGUCUGUGGUCAAAUGUAAAAAAUUCUCUAUAAAUUAGAUAGGAGUUUUUGUACUAAAUAUUGAAUUCAGCAGGUUUUUUUUUUUUUUUCCUUUAAUCAUUAGGAUAAUUAUAUGACCCUUUUAUUGUGCUCCUGGGCCAGCUACACUGAGUUGUCUCUGUUGUUGAGUCUCUUGUUUACUGAUUCCUAAGGAAACGGUUAUUAUGUGUUACAUUCAAUACUUAAUUUAUCUUUGCUGACGUAUUGCUUAGGUUUGGUUUUUGCCUAUCUUUAUAAACAAAAUUGCCUCUAAUUUUGCAUUCUUGCAAUAUCUGGCACGUUAUACAAAAUGUAAUAAUGGGCAAGGCGAUUAUAUAUGUAUAUAUGGGAUUGAGUGCUUAAACCAAACUGACCAUUGAUAAAUAGCAAUGGAAAAAAACAAACCGACCAUUGAUUUAAAAACAAUAAUAAUAAAAAUCCACUGACCACUAUAGUUUUGAUGGCUUCAAGAAGAGAUUAUAGUUUUGGUUUUCACAGUAAAUAAAUGCUACCUCAACCUUCAGCCUCAUCUUAAGAUUUUAAUAGUAAUCAAAUCAGAAAAUGCGCUUGAGAUGGAGAAAAUGAUGAUCAACCAAUGCAUCUCAGAAGAGGAAGAAAAGCAGUCAGCCACUUCACAGAGCGAUGUAUUCUGACCUCCUUCAGGCCCUCUCCUUUCUGCUGUAGAGCUCGGAACUGAACUCAGGGCUUUUCAUGUCAGGCUGGCAUUCUAGCACCAAGCUUGACAACCCCAGUUUGUGUGUUUGGCUUUUUGUUAUUAUUGUUUUCUUUUGACACAGGGUCUUACCAAGUCACCCAGGCUGGCCUUGAUUGCACUCAAGGGCCGGCUGACUUUAAGCUCGCCUCGGCAUCCCGAGUAACUAGGUUUACAUCUUAUACUGCCUCUUCAUCUCACCCCCAGAACAUCUACUUAUGCUCAGGUUCAAAUUUCAGAUGGGUGAGCUGCUGUGACUUCGUUAAAGAGGUGCUACAAGCUUUCCUACUCAGCUGUGAAAAAGUUAUAGAUGUGAGGGUAGAAAUGGAUGUCAGGGAGACAGCUUGGCAGCUGACGCUGCAGCCAAGGGCUUUUCAGUGCCCUCAGAUGGACUGUAAUAGUGUAACCUCACCCUGGACUUCCAUGAAAGCAAUGUGAAAUAAUCUCACAACUGACUUACGAGGAUGAUAUUUUGGAUGUAUAAUCUUAAAUAAAACGUAUUAUUU